UGCUGCCCUCCGGGCACACCGAGGACUCCCUUAGCAACAACUCACAGCCGCGUCGAAUAAAGAUACUUCCACCACAGUGAAGACGGAUUAAAACACCGCCGCUUUAUUGCACCGAGUACAGGCGACGCUGCUUUUUUUCUCUCUCUCGUGCGGACGCGGUGCUCCGGUUGUUUCGAUGGGGCUCGAGCACAGCUAGCGAGCUAGCCUGUUUUGGCUAGCCACCCCCCACCCCUCCACCCCUUUCACCGAAGACGAGCGAAGCUGUCCCCCGAAGCAGGGCAACAGUCGUGGGGGGUUCAACCCGAGCGGUAGCAUCGCAGCUCGCUUAACUACCAAGUCAGCUAACCGGUAAUAAGCACGGGAAUGGUGCUCGGGGUCGAUUCCCUGUAUCGACAGAGAAAGGCGAGGGGCGCACGGGUCAGACCACUCGGCUGUGAUAUUUGGACUCGGGCGGUUUUUAACACAAGGAGCGGCUGUUUUCGUGACCGAGCGAGCUAGCUGGCGAGCUAACCGAACGGGAAACGACCCCCCCCCCCCACCGCCUCCUCGGCGUGUUUUCUCCCAGCCGCAGCCAGCACCGAUGUCAGCCGGGGCGAGAGCAGCACGCUGAAAUCAUCCGUUUAAUUAACACCAGGAUAAAGUAAAGCUCGCCAAAGAGGGGAGAAAGAGACGUAUUAUCAAACAGCAUAAACGCUCGAGACAUCGGUGUCGUUAACGUUACUUAACUUUGCUACGUUGAUCUAGAUUGAACAUUUUCAUUUUCCCACUUUGUUUUCGUCGGAAUUUUUGUUGUUGUUUUUUUUUUGUUUUCUUCUCUUCGGAUGCUGGCAUCACAAAUCAAUUGUAACCAUGAUGAUAAUAAGCAGAAAACCAGAGGGCCCGAUAGCAACAGCACGCCACGGUGAUGGUCUGUAUGAUUCCUAUAUGAGGACAGACCACAUCCUUAAGGACGAGGCGGAUACAAACAGUCCGUCUGGGCUGCCCCCCAUGCCCAAACACACAGUUGUCAGCAACAAGACUGUGAUGAGGGAGCAGGUCACUGUGCGAGGCGGCCAGCUAAAGGUCAAGUACCUGUACGAAGACGCCGCCAACAACCGGAAGGUCAACGCCAUAACCACAGCGGCCACUCAGAACAGCGGGACCACGGGCGCGGUGUCCAGUAAACCUACCCCGGGCUCAGGGCUGUCCAAGGAGCACAGUGUAGACAGCACCGAAUCCAGUAAGGGCCCCGGGGAUCCCUGCGGUCCCAACGCAGUUGCGAAUGGAGGGGGCGGCGGAAAGCUGUGUGGCCCCCUCACUCCCGACCAGGCUCUGAGACUGUACCGAUCUCAGCUGACCACCCUGGAGCAGGCGGAGAUCCACUCCUACCCAGACGUCUUCUUCGUGGGACCCAAUGCCAAGAAGAGGCCCGCCGUCGUCGGGGGCAACAACAACUGCGGCUACGAUGACGAGCAGGGUGGAUACAUCCACGUCGCCCAUGACCACCUGGCGUACCGCUACGAGUUCCUCAAGAUCAUUGGUAAAGGUAGCUUUGGCCAGGUGGCGAAGGUGUACGAUCACAAACUGCAGCAGCACCUGGCUCUCAAAAUGGUGCGCAACGAGAAGCGCUUCCACCGGCAGGCGCAGGAGGAGAUCCGCAUCCUGGAGCACCUGCGCAAGCAGGAUCGCAACGGCACCAUGAACGCCGUGCACAUGCUGGAGAACUUCACCUUCCGCAACCACAUCUGCAUGACCUUUGAGCUGCUGAGCAUGAACCUGUACGAGCUCAUCAAGCGCAACAAGUUCCAGGGCUUCAGCUUGCCACUGGUCAGGAAGUUUGCGCACUCCAUCCUGCAGUGCCUGGAGGCCCUGAGCAAGCACCGAAUCAUCCACUGCGAUCUGAAGCCGGAGAACAUCCUGCUGAAACAGCAGGGACGCAGCGGCAUCAAGGUGAUCGACUUUGGAUCCAGCUGCUUCGAGCACCAGCGGGUGUACACGUACAUCCAGUCCCGUUUCUACCGGGCCCCGGAGGUGAUCCUCGGCUCGCGCUACGGCCUCCCCAUCGACAUGUGGAGCUUCGGCUGCAUACUGGCCGAGCUGCUGACCGGCUACCCGCUGUUCCCUGGCGAGGACGAGGGCGACCAGCUGGCCUGCGUCAUGGAGCUGCUGGGCAUGCCUCCGCAGAAGGUCCUGGAGCAGGCCAAAAGGGCCAAGAACUUCAUCAACUCCAAGGGCCACCCCCGCUACUGCGGCGCCAACACCUUGCCCACGGGGGCCACCGUGCUCACGGGGUCCCGCUCUCGCCGCGGCAAGAUGAGGGGCCCCCCGGGGAGCAAGGAGUGGAGCGCUGCACUCAAGGGCUGCGAGGACCCCACCUUUACUGACUUCAUAAAGAAGUGUUUGGACUGGGACCCGUCGUCGCGUCUCACACCGACCCAGGCCCUCAGGCACCCGUGGCUGUAUCGGCGCCUACCCAAGCCCCUCCCCGGGGCCGAGAAGAGCCACGGGCCCCCGGUGAAAAGGCUCCCCGAGCACCACAGCACCUCCUUCCCCUCGAUCCUGGCCAAAGGGGGGCCCGGCUUAAGCAGCACGGCCGUCAACAACAAACUGCGGAGCAACAUGUCGGGCGACUCAGGGGACGCCAUACCUCUUCGCACAGUCCUACCCAAACUUGUCUCUUAAAGAGAGAGAGCCCGGUGAUCUCCUCUCUCCUGCCACCGCGUCCUCCUCUGCACUCCUCGGGAGGAGGCGGAGGGCAGGGCCAGGUGAAGACUAGGUUUUAAAAGUCGUUUGGUUGUUCUUUUAUUUGUUUUCUACUGAGGUGUCGACGCCCCCAGUUGAUGGUUUUAAUAUUAGCUGAGCAGAGAGAAACAGUUUUUAUAUAGAUUUCCUUGAGCGGCUGUGGAAUUUCUGCAUACAGGCGGGACUGAGGUUUGAUUUAGGCGAUGCUUUUAAAUAAAAACCCUCCGGUAUGAGUGGACGGACCGCUUCGUAAAUGAGCAAAUGUUUUGUAACCUGCGUGCGUUCUCACCCGCACCGUCACUCGCCUCACUUCACAACUCUUAACACUGAGAGGACGGCUCCCUUUUCAUGGCAAGUGUUUGAGUGACACUUGAAAAGGGCUACAGAGAUUAUUCUUCUCGUAUUCGAGCUGGCAAAGCAAAGCUUCCUUCAGCUAACGUGAUUUGAAUAGAAGGAAACGAACCGGGCGGUAGUGUGUGGGCCCUGCGCACACUGUACAACAGGAAGGCCUUCACACAGGGUUGGCAUUAUGUAGUGAAGAAGAAGAAGAGGAACCCUCACUCCUCGCUCUUUUACCAGGCCCUCGCUGCGUGCACGUCUGCGACGUUGGCAUGUGCGUGGGCCUCGUGGUGCUCUGCGGGUGGGCGUGUCAAGACGGUGCAGGACCGCGGCCCCUCCCUCGCCCCGACUCCCCGACGUGAGGGAAGAUUCUGGAGGGGGGGGGGGUAGCUCAGACGUCACACUGGACGCUUCACAAACCGAGAAUGCCGCGUACAUCUGGCUCACAUCUCUUCCCGGGGAAUUGGGAGAGAUUUGAGAGGACGGACCAGUGACAAAAGAGGGGUUUUUAUGGUACUGCACACAGACUCGUUUCUCAGGGAGAUAUACUUGAUACAUCCCGUGAUCUUAUAUUGUACUCUGUUCACCUUUCAGUCCGACCACGGAUGAGCGUGCAUGUACUUCCUGUCCGUUGAGAGAAUGCGUCCACUCGUCCAUCUGCAUGCUCCACCAUCUGACCCAGAUUCCCCCCCCCGCCCCAUCAUCAUUCUCUCACUCUUAUGUAGGGCAGGGAACCUCUUAACUCACACAUGUAUAUCGUGAAUUAUGGUGCUGUCCAAAACGCACACAACCACACACACUGGCGUCAGGUGCACGUUUCGUGGACCACACCACUCAAUGAGUUCUUUCUCUUGUCCCUUGUCCCCUAAGUGAAUCUGUCAGGGAUUUCUACUUUUUUUUAUUUUUUUUUUAUAGAAGUGAUUUCUAUUUGCUAUUCAGUCGAAUAUCAGAGGAUGUGAAAGCUGAAAAAGAGAAAGCAGUAUACUGUCAUGUUGUUCCUAGUGGUGUGCGUUAGUAGGAGGGUGUUUGGUGUUCCAGCAUGAAAUCACAACCUGUUAUCAGACUGAGUGACUGAGAAGAGAAACUGUACAGUUACCAAAUGAAGUUGUGAUAGUUUCUUUUCCUAAAGAAAAUAAAAAUGAUUAUUAACUUA